AUCUUCAGGAAUUUGCCUAUAAAAACCUAAAAACUAACAUAAAGUUCCACCAAGAUGAAACUCUACUACAAAUGGUCGAAUGGGGGCUCAUAUCUGUCCGUAAACGGAACACAUACAGCAAAUUUAGCGAUAUAUCUGAAUGGCUAUUAGCAUUUAGAUCAUACAUGGAGGCAAUCCUGAUUAUGUAUAAGGACAGAGAGCAUGAAUUGAAUUUCUAUCAUGACCACAUAAGCACCCUUUGCACCAAAUACGAAUUUACCGCAGUAAUGGUGUAUGAGGAAGAUCAGCGACUAGCGCUGACAAUGGACCGUGAAUCAACAUUAUUCGAUCGGAACAUCGAAGCCGAAGGAGAGAACUUCGACAUAACAACAACAAAGAAGUUUAAAAUUAGCAAACCACGAAUACACAAGACUGAACUAAUCUGGCACGAUGGCAGAGAAAUCUGCAUAAACUGGAAUCGGAGAUACUGCAGUGAAGACAAGAAAUGUAGCCAUGUUCACGCAUGCUUAACAUGCAAAAAGAUAGGACAUACAGAGCGCAAAUGUUUCGUGGGCAACACUGAAUCAAACUCAGCAGCCAGAGGCAAUAGCCAAGCUGAUAGCCAACCUAAGAUCUAA